AAAUGGGUUCUUUAUUUUGGAAGGGUCUUUAAGCAAUGCCAUGAUGUUAUCCCACAACAACCCUUCUUCGAGGCCUGUAAGUUUGAUGUCUGCAACAUGCCAAAUAUCUCAAUCGGCUGCUCCAGCCUGGAAACCUACGCUGUGAGGUGUGCAGCAGCUGGAGUCUGUAUCGACUGGAGGAAAUCAACUAAUGGAACAUGUGAUCUGACAUGCCCUAAGACCAAAGUGUAUAAGGCAUGUGGCUCUACUAUCCAGCCAACAUGCAAUUCAAGAUACAAUGACAAAUAUGUGCAUCCAUGUCAAGGAGCACAAAUGAGCCGUGACGUUGUAUGUGACUCAUUCAUGGAGGGCUGUUUCUGCCCUGAGGGUACCAUCUUGUUCAACACAUUCUCUGACACCUGUGUUCGUGACUGUGGAUGCACAGGACCUGAUGGAAAACCCAAACAGUUUGGUGAGACUUGGUACAGUAACUGCCAGAAGUGCACGUGUAAUGCUGACACAAUGAGUGUCCAGUGUGAACCAGUGAAAUGUCCGCCCCAAGAAAUUGUUACCUGUAAGAAGUACGGUGAGGUGUUGGUCAACGAGACGGUGGACUGCUGUCAGAAAAAUACAUGUGUGCCCAAACCUGUUUGUGUCCACAACAAUACUGAAUACACGCUUGGUGAAAAUGUUCCCAACGGCACCUGUGAGGAGUGCAAGUGCGGUCCUAAAAAGGAUCCAGUCUCCAAGCUAUAUGUUGUUGAGUGUGCCCAAAUCAACUGUUACACCACCUGCCCAACGGGUUAUGAGUAUGAAGUCGUACCUGAGAAAUGUUGUGGAACGUGUGUACAGAAGGACUGUGUUGUCGGUCUCCCAGAUACCACGUCUCACAUCAUUCAGCUUGGGAAGUUUUGGUCGCCCCCUAGUGACCGCUGUGUGAAGUAUGAAUGCACGAAGACAAACAACCAGUUCAUCAUUGUGGAAUCCAAAUUGGAAUGCCCAGUGUUCCGUCCAGAGGACUGUGUCCCUGGAACUGAGAAAACUGAUGCAAAUGGAUGUUGCACAACCUGCACUUUAAUCAGUCACUGUGAUGUGAAGAACACCACCACCUACCUUGAGGUGAAUAACUGCAGGUCCUCUGUGCCGGUGGAAAUCUCAGCCUGCGGGGGAUCCUGUGGAACAUCUUCUAUGUACUCUGCAGAGAAAAACACCCUGAUGCACUCCUGCUCCUGCUGUCAAGAGAUGUCUACCAGUGAGAGGAAGGUGGAGAUGGUCUGCCCUGAUGGGAAGAAGAUCAUGCAGUCCUACAUUUACAUUGAUAAGUGUGGCUGCCAUGACUCUGAGUGUGACAAGAAGAACCACUUAGAUUAGGCCUUGACGAAUGAAGUCUUUUGAAGUGUUCUUAUUUACCUGCAUGGAAUAUUCAAUAGUUUUAUCUAAAGGGAACCAAUAGGGUCUGUCUCAUUAUCAUAUAGGCUACUUUCAUGAACUGCAUGUCCUUUCUCUCUACCUACACUAUCAUAGACAUAAUGCAAACCUAUUAAACUGAUGAAGAAGCAUGAA